AUGAAAUCUGCUCAUCAAUGCAAAUCUGUCUGCAAACGUUGGUUCUCUCUGAUAUCCGGCCCUUACUUUGCUCACAAGUACAUCCUAUUUCGUGAACCUACCUAUUCUCUGGUUUUCCAGUACAUUAGAUCCCCCAAUUCCAGAUCAAGCGUGAUAGAGGUAGCAUCUACAGGACCACCAUUCAAUUCCCAUGGUCACUUUUGUUUCAGCUUCUUAGAAGAAUUCGAUAGGUUUGCUUUGGAAGGGUCUUGCAACGGUUUAGUUUUAUUAAGUGCAACCUACAAAAAUCGUGAGCUUUACAUCGUUUCAAAUCCUUUUACCAGACAAUGGGUUUCGCUUCCUGAACCACCUCAAUAUAAACCUGUGUACGUUGGCUUUGUCUGCAAAUAUUAUAACAUUGCGGAAGGAUUAUUUUCAAACUUUACGCAGUACAAGGUGGUCUUAAUUCAGGCCAGUGACGUCUUUGAGGUGUCCACAGAUGAAUUCAAAAUAAAUAUUUUUUCUUCACUUGGUGGUGAUUGGAGCGAAAUAAGUGUGCACGGAGCUUCAGGGUUUGUUUGGAGUUGUAGUCGGCCUUUGAUUGCUUGCAAAAAUAUGCUUGUUGGGUAUAUAAGUGAUGGCUUUUAUACGAUCGGAGAAAGUGAAGGGCGCAUCCGGGCAUUUUCUCGUAGGCUGUUUUCCUUACCUCUAUCUCUUUGUGUUUGGGAACUCGAAGACUUCAGCAAUUCUGCAAUAUGGAGUUUGAAGCACAAAAUUAAUCUAAGUAUAUCUGAUUUGAUAUCAAAAGUUCCUUCGAUUUUUGCUGAAGACAUGAUCUUGGGAGAGUUGGUGAGUGUCAUGGCUUUUUGUCCAAUUGAUGGAGACGUUGCAUAUUUGUGGUUCCGUCGUUGUCUUCUCUCGUGCAACAUCAAGACUAAAACGGUAGAAGCUGUCUUUCUUCCUAAAGAAAAGGAGGAAACUUGCUAUGCCGCUGAUAGAUGCUUACCAUUUUUCUUGCCAAGUUGGCCAACUUCAAUUCCUGGAAUCAAAUCAGAAGAAUCAUGCAGUUAA